AUGGAGUGUUACUACAUUGUCAUCAGCUCCACGCAUCUCAGCAACGGACACUUUCGCAACAUCAAGGGAGUUUUCCGGGGCCCUCUCAGCAAGAACGGGAACAAAACUCUGGAUUAUGCUGAGAAAGAGAACACCAUAGCAAAAGCUUUGGAAGAUCUGAAGGCCAAUUUUUAUUGCGAACUCUGUGACAAGCAAUACUAUAAGCAUCAAGAGUUUGACAAUCACAUUAAUUCAUAUGACCAUGCUCACAAACAGAGGCUCAAAGAACUGAAACAAAGGGAAUUUGCUCGAAAUGUAGCAUCUAAAUCCAGGAAAGAUGAAAGAAAACAGGAAAAAGCACUCCAACGCCUGCACAAGCUGGCCGAGCUAAGAAAGGAAACUGUGUGUGCUCCUGGAAGUGGCCCCAUGUUCAAGUCAACAACUGUUACUGUGAAAGAAAAUUGUAAUGAAAUUUCCCAAAGAGUUGUUGUGGAUGCAGUUAAUAACCAGGAAGAUUUCAAAUAUACUUUGAUUCAUAGUGAAGAGAAUACUAAAGAUGUUACUGCUGUUGCUGCAGAUCCAGAAAGUGCAAAUAUUACAGCAAAAAAUAACCAACUUGGGGAUCAAGCCCAAGGAAUCCACAGACACAAAAUUGGCUUUUCUUUUGCAUUUCCAAAGAAAGCUUCCGUGAAGCUGGAGUCCUCGGCAGCAGCCUUCUCUGAAUACAAUGAUGAUGCCUCUGUGGAAAAAGGAUUUAGCAGAAAAAGUAGAUUUGUCCCUGGUGCUUGUCAUCUUCAACUAUCUUCACCAACAGAUGUGCUGUUGAGUUCUGAGGAGAAAGCUAACUCUUUUCAUCCACCAGAAGGAAUGUGCAUUGACAAAGAAACUGCUCCAACUCAAGAGAUGAAAGAAGUUUCUAGUGAAAAAGAUACAUUUUCAUUACCUUCAUUUUGCCAGUUUCAAAUCCCUCUAUCCUCUGAUGCAGAUAAUUGCCAAAAUUCAGUCCCAUUAGCAGAUCAAAUACCACUGGAAGAUAUUAUUAUUAAUGAAGACAUAACUACGAGUGAUAACAGUUCUGAAUUGUUAGGAAAUAAAUCCACAGUUCUUGAUUUAGCUAAUGAUUGCUUAUCUUUGCAAGCUACCACAGAAGAAGCUGUUAAGAACAAUGAUGAGUCUACAGUUGAAGUUGCAAAUAAAAAUUAUGGCCCUGAGAUGUUGGCCCCUUCAAAUUUUGAAGAGGAAAAUAUAAGCUUACAUAAAAAAACAGAUUUAUCCAAAAGACCAUGUGAGCCCUUUGUACCGGUUCUUAACAAAGAUGGAUCCACAAUCCUUCAGUGGCCAUCAGAAAUGUUGAUUUAUACAACUACUCAACCAUCAAUUUCCUAUAGCUGUAAUCCUCUCUGUUUUGACUUCAAGGCCACUAAAUUAAACAACAAUCUAUAUAAAAAUAAGCUGCCCUUAAAUGAUCUUUCUUUUCAGCAGAAAGGAGAAGACAUUUGCAAGAGACCAGUUUCAGAAUGCAAGAACACAUCUGUUGUGGGACUCAUUGAUUAUGAUGUUGGAGGUAGCAGAAAUGAAUGCCCCCAAGUCACUCUUCCUUCGGUUGAUGAUACUCUCUUCAAUAGCUGUAAUUCUGGAAAAAAUGAGACUAUGGGUCUAAGGAAUAGAAAUAUUUCCUGUAGGAUCAGAAAAACAAAAAAACACAACUUAACCAAAAAUCAAAUGAAACAGGAUACUCCAGAUGAGAAAUAUAACAAAAUAAGGUUGAAAGAUACUCAUGAACACUGGUUCCAUAAAAGUAGAAGGAAGAAAAAAAGAAAAAAAUUAUGUCAGCAUCACCAUGGGGAGAAAACCAAAGAAUCAGAAAUUAGCUUCAAAAUGGAAUCAGAAAAUAGUUACACUGAUAUAACUAGGAAAAAUCUACUGGAAACAAUUUCAGAAAAGCACUGUCUAGCUGCAGAGCAAUUAUUGGACUCACAUCAGUUACCUGAUAAAAGGCCCAAAUCAUCUUCCAUAUACAUAAGUGACAAUGAAGAAAUGUGUAAAGCCCAGAACACUGAAUAUAAUAGUAAUGAUGCAAUCAGUUCUAAAAAUCACAGUACAAAGAACUCGGUUGUUUUAAAUAAACAACCCAAUCCAACAAUGAUACAUUCUGGGAAACAUAAUUUAACUUACUCCAGAACUUACUGUAGUUGGAAAGCCAAAAUGUCCAGCUGCAGUCAGGAUCACAGAUGCCUAGUUCUUCAAAACGACAUGAGCUGCCUGAGUCAGAACCAGGCUGUUAAAAGAGGUUAUAAUUCUCUCAUUAACGAAUCAGAAAGAUUCCAUCGAAAACGUAGACAACAUUCAUAUUCUUAUUCUUCAGAUGAAAGCUUAAAUCGACAGAAUUAUUUACCAGAGGAGUUUUGGAGACCACCACGGGCUUCUGCUCCCUAUAAGCCUAAAAGGAAGCGGAGGAGAAAAAGAAGUCGAUUCCAUAUGGGAAUGGAAGCUUUUGAACUCAGAGAGAACACCGAUUAUUCCAGGAAAGGCAAGUCUUCCUUAGGUCACCAGGAUGAGUUAGUAAGCCAAGACCAAAAAGGGGAAACAAAACCACAAGACACUGCGAACCCUGGGAAGAACUCAGACCAAACAGAUCAAGGAGAAGACGAGCAAAUUUUGCACCCGGGCAGUCCCCUUCCUCCUGAAGCCAGUGGAGGGGCUGAGCCUUUAGCGCUGGAAACCACUUCUGGGGCCUCGGCAGACACUUCCCACGAACACGCCACAUCUGUCCACGCAGCCAGCGCCCCAACGAAAAAAGAAAUGGACAAUGCCUUGCUGGAACACAAAGAAAGAAGUGAGGAUAUAAAUGUGCAGGAGAAGCCAAUUCCUUUCAAGGUGCCUCACCCUGAAAGGAACUUGAGGCAGCCGCAACCGAAAUCCCACCUGUGCCAUUAUGAACUGGCGGAGGCCCUCCCGCAAGGAAAGAUGAACGAGGCGCCGGCGGAGUGGCUGCGUUUUAAUUCGGGAAUCCUUCACACACAGCCGCCCUUACCGUUCAAGGAAGUCAGCGGUCACACCUUUGUAACCACGGAGCAAAUCCUGGCUCCCUUAGCUUUACCGGAACAGGCACUACUGAUCCCAAUAGAAAACCACGAGAAAUUCCGAAAUCUGCCCUGCGAGGUCUACCAGCACAUCCUCCCGCCCAACAUGCUGGCCAACAAGGUCAAAUUUACGUUUCCCGCAGCGGCUCUCCCACCCCCUAGCACACCUCUGCAGCCGCUGCCUCUGCAGCAGCCCUUCUGUUCUACCUCUGUAACCACGCUCCACCACGCGGUUCUGCAGCAGCACGCGGCCGCCGCCGCCGCCGCCGCAGCCGCCGCGGCCGCGGGGACCUUCAAAGUGCUUCAGCCCCACCAACAGUUUCUGUCCCAAGCGCCGGCUCUCACCAGAACAUCCUUACCUCAGAUCUCAGUAGGACCGGUCGGACCUCGGCUCUGUCCUGGGAACCAGCCACCUUUUGUUGCUCCUCCUCAGAUGCCAAUCAUCCCAGCUUCGGUUCUUCAUCCUAGCCAUCUGGCUUUCCCAUCUUUACCCCAUGCCCUCUUUCCUUCUCUGCUUUCCCCACACCCUACUGUCAUCCCACUACAGCCCCUCUUCUAGUCAUCGCCAUAGGAGGGAGAGAAAAUGUUCGUGUGAAAACGAUUGCUAUGUGCGUAAUGCUCAUCUACGUGGAUAAUUAAUUUCCUACUUAAAUGGUGGAAAUAAACUAGCCAAGAUACGGCCUCAUUGAUAUGAAAUCAUUUACUGUAAGUGUAAUGAUGCAAAUAAAUUCUUAAGUUUCUGAUAUAUAAUAUUAUUAAGGCACUGAAUAGUUUGCAAACCAAUACAAUAUAUGCUGUAUAUUAAGAUGGUGUCUUAAGAGUAUGUAUAAUGUACAUAAAAUAUAUUUAUAGUACUGUAAUUUAUGUUGUAAAGUAUGCUCCUUGUUUUUUUUUUUAACCUUUGUGUAUUUGCACCUAUUUAAUGUUUAGACAAAGCUGAUGGCACUACGUUUUGUACCAUGUUCCUUGAAAAUGUAAAUUCAGUGAAAUAUAUCUCUUGCAAUAAAUUUUUGUUAAGUAUUUAAGUAAAUCAAACUUUGUUUUAGUUCGUUUUCACUGUCCUGGGAAUGUAUAGUAACAGUAGGUUUUGGAUUUACAUUGUUUCUUCUGUACAUUGGCAUCUCUGAGUCUCAGAGGCUCAACAAAUUACAUUUGGAGCUCUAUCAAUACUUAAACUGUAAUACCUUCCUUCGGAAUAAGUAUAACAGGACCAUUUGUUUUUCUGUUUGUUCUAAUGUUGCUUAUACUCAGAGUUUACUAUAUUUCUUGAACAACUGGCCCUCUAGAUAAUAAACCAUGGAAAUUAUGUUAAAGUAAUGUUAGUAUUGAGGGGGGGAUAACUCAAAAAUAUGCAAGUACCUAGUAUUCUUUCAGGAACUGUGCAACAGCACUAGU